AUGACUGAUUUACAUAAUGUCGUCAAGUUAACCUAGAUUCCUAUAUACUGAUACUAGAUAACUCCUUAACCUUUAAAGAAGAGUUAAGAAAACACGCAUACAUUAUGGAUAUAGAAUGGCUAGCAUUUGCGAUUUUGUGUCUCGGCACGUGCACACGUGCUGUGCCAAGCGACUGCACGCCACUGGAGGAUCACACCUUGGAUAAUUUUGAUCCCCGCACCGUCUUUGAGACGAACCAAGAAAUCUCUAAACACCAACCGCCUAACCGUGUUCGAUCCAGUAUCCGGCCCGGAAGACCACUUCCGACACAUGCGUUCUUUACUUCACAAAUAAAAACGACUCGGCCGGAGCCCAUGGUGCUCUGGCCGUAUUUUGCCACCAUGGAUUCCGAGGGUAUAGCAUAUGACGCAUUUGAAUUUAAAAGGUUCACAGACCCAGAACGUACUGUGUAUGCAGAUGGACAAUCCAUCUGGGAAGAGGGUCGGCCGUGGCACCGGCUGCUAGAUCUGGGAACCAACAUGUUCCAGAAAGUUAGCGGACCCGAUGGUAAUCCACUGGGAAAUUUUGAUGGUGAAUCGGGGGUGAGAAUUGGUAUUGAAGGGAGUGGGGAACCGGAACUACAAGACUUUGGGGACCUGUAUGGUAACUUCCUGUUCAAUGGACACGGAGGGUCUAUGGAGGUUCCACUGGUAAGAGGUUCGAUACUUCUAACUCACAUCUUCAAAAACGCCAAUCCCGUGAUAAAACCUUAUUGUUUGGACAAUAUUAACGGAGAACAUCACCAGUUUAAUUGUCCCUUGACGCCAGCAAGUAGUGAUGGCGGAAGCGGGUACAUGAGUGCCACGUGCGCGGGAUCUAUUUUGAAAAUCACUCUACAUAACACGCGGCCGAUCAAGGUCCUUGGGUUAAUACAGUGGGCUGCCAAUAAGGACUACCAAUACGGUGCUAGCCACGGCAUGCACACCUGUAACAGUGCACAUUGUCGUCUGCUUGAUAACGGAAAACAGGUCGAAAUAACAGUUCCUAACGCAGCAGGCACGAUGUCCUUUGCCAUUAACUAUAUUGGACAUUACCUCCUCCCGCCGCAGUGGGUUGACAACCCGCAGCAAGUGACUUGUAACGCGGGAAAGAAACGGUCGUCUGCCGCAGAACGUGACAUCAGAGAUAUCGCCGUGCACGCGACAUGUGACAGCACCAACAAUGUGGAAAUCAGGGUGGAUUUGGCUGGAAAUGACAUAAAAACAGGAAGAGUUCAGUAUGCAUUAGAAGCGGCGAACAACUGGGGCAACCCUCCGCCAAUGAGGACUUGUGGAUCUAAUUGUGUACGACAGGGGAAUGUCGUGACCAUCAGAAAACAAAUGUCUUCUUCCUAUCUAAAAAUGGCUAUCAAUAUUAUUGGCGCUGAAACUCUGCCUUAUUCGUACUGGAUUGAUAGACCACUUGAGCUGCACUGUGGGUCAGCCCAGCGCGUAGAUUACGGAGGCUCGGGAUCAAGCUCAGGAGGACACCACCAGCACACGAACCCACCACCUUCCACAUCAGCGCCACAAACACAGCAGCCUGUCACAGCAGCCCCUAACACCCCAGCACCAACACACGGUGGAUCUGGCACUCACAACACUGGUGGGGGAAAGCCGCUUACACCAAAUAAAAAGUUUAUCUUAGAAAUGAAUGAACAGGGUAAAGACUUGCCGCAGCAGACGAGAAAAUUUGUGCUGUAUUUUAGCGAGGAGGUGACACCGCAUGUACACCAAUCUGACAAUAAAAUCACAUUCUCUCCAAGGUCUGGUGGACAGUACAAUGGAAUUGUUCAGUUAGCUUAUCUUGGUGCGGGUCCACGUGGAGGUCAUGGGAACGACUCUGUGUUUGAUAAGUAUGCUGGGAUAUAUUCCUACAAACCUAAGACAUCAUUUUGUGUCAGCGAAUCGACGAACAAAGCACAUGCUGUGUUUAAAUGGCACCCGAAUAACCAACAUGCUACAUCGCCGACUGCGUCGCUGUUGAUACUAACCAUGCCGCAUCAUGCUUAUGUCUUGGACAACAGAUAUUCUUACAAGUUACGAGAUACAGUAUUUGGUUUCAAGGCUUAUGAAGGUUCAGAGAUUGAUCUACAGAUGGAUCUUCCACGAGCGUCCAUGGCACCUGACUCCGGCGCUGUUAGCCGUCUCAGCUCUCAGCAAAGACAGGACAUAAUUUCGGCGAUUGACCGUGAUGCCACGCAUACCUACUUGGAUUCAAUAUGCUCUCACUCGGACAGUUACAACGUUGGCAAGGCUAUAGGCAUGGUUGCUAGGCUGGCCAGUAUCUCCAGAGAAUUUAAUACUAAUCAUUUCACAAAAUUAGACACGUCGAUAAAAAAUUGUUUGGAGAAAUGGCUCCGAAUACAAGAUACCUUAAACGAUAUGUGGAAGUUUAGGUACGACACCGUCUGGGGCGGACUAUUUCUCAGGGCAACAAACGGAGAUAUCAACUUCGGUGUGGAUUACGGGUUCCCGUAUUACAAUGAUCACCAUUUCCAUCUGGGCUACUUUAUCUACGCCGCAGCUUACUAUGUGAAGCACCACCCACAGUGGGGACAAGCUAACAAACACAAGAUUUAUCUCCUAGCGCGAGAUGUAAGUAACCCCUCAAACAAUGACCAAUAUUUCCCGGUAGCUCGACACAAAGAUAUAUACACGGGAUUCUCGUGGGCCUCGGGACUCGUUCCAGGAACCAGGCAGGAGGAAUCGGCAUCUGAGUCACUUAACUGUUACCAUGGUGUAGCAGCCCUAGGAGAAGCUUUCAACGAUAAAAACCUACAGCACGUAGGGCAAGUCAUGCUCGCUAUGGAACUACUUUCUGUGCGGGAGUACUGGCAAGUGCGCAAACACAACCGUGAUCAUUUCCCGCCAAUUAUACAAGAUACCGGAGUAUGCGGACAAAUUGCCGAGGACAGUUUUUAUGUGUAUACCCUGGAUUGGCCAUGUGACCCGAACAGGUUCCCAAUGAGACAUGCAUGCCUGGUCGGAAUCCAGAUUAUACCGAUAACAUCCGUUUCUAAAUAUUGGGUUGAUAAGGAAUGGGCAGGGUCUAUUAAAGAUUCAUGUACAGCAGCCGUCCAUCCGGAACAAGAACAUUCCUACAGUGUUGCAGACCAUCAUGAACGAUCGAGGAAACUGAAUUCCGGCUGGGCAGCGUUUUGUCUUGCAGCGAUGGCGCCGUUAGACUCUACCCAUCAGACCGAGGCUGCUAACUACGUGAGGGACAAAACACCUCAGCAGCUGGUAGGAGGGACUGGCGCUGCAAGCACCUUGCUUUUUAUUUAUGCCAGCACAUAGAACAUGUGCCUUUUAUGUGAAAUGAAAUAAUAAAAAAAAAAAAUAAAUAAAGAAAAAAUACAUUC